UGACAAGGCUUUCGAGGGAGUUUCACGCAUUGCCAGGGGUAGACUUAUGACCCUGGUGGCAAUUUAACCAUUCUUCUGUGCCAUGAACCAAAAAGAACACUCAUUAAAACCCGAUUGGUAGCCUUUUCGGCCUUUGAAAAUAGCAGAUGUGAGCUUUGUGAAGGUCAGUAGCUUCGAGCGCUGUGCUGGUGUGAGGACGAGGCAGGCAACGGGAUAUCCAGGAGACCAGUGAGAAGUGAGUCGCGUCAAAUCCCCGCGAGUCAGCGUGAGUCAGCGUGAGUCAGCGUGAGUCAGCGUGAGUCCCGAGGCGGUGACGUGACUCAAACCAGCAUUCAUAAGCGUCACGGCUCCUGAGCUCACCUGUUUAAAGAACCUCUCAUAAAAAUUGCUGGGAUUUCCAUGGCCUGUUUUGUGACCCUAGUGAUAGUUUUGACACGACUUCUGCGCCUUGAAAGAGAAAACCAGCCAUGAAAACCCUGUGAAUCUUCUCUGUGGCCUUGGGAAAGAGUUAUAAUGAGAAUUCGAGACGAUUAAGUAUAUGGACCUCAGUUCUUGAAGCAGAGUCGUCGAGAGGUCUUCAUCGCCCGCCUCCCCGUCACCUUCCCCGCCAUACACGCCUCCACCUGUUGCAGUCACGCUCCUACAUCCACAGGAGGAGAGAUGAGCCAAGAUGAAGGGAGAGGAAGGCCUGAGGCUGGUGACACUCCACUCCCACCCUGAGUACAUGGAAGACUGCGUGAAGAUCCUCAACGACCAGUGGCCCCGCAGCAAGACACUCAGGAUGAGGACACUGAAAUCAUCAUGUGAGGAGUUCCCUACAAAUCUCGUCCUGUUGCGCACCACCCCGCAAGGCAGCGCAGAGGUGGUGGGACACUCCAGGAUGACCAUUGUGCCCAGGGAACCAGAUGCAGCCUGGGUGGAAUCUGUCAUCAUCCGCCAGAACCUUCGAGGGUCUGGGUAUGGACGCAUCCUCAUGAAUAAGACCGAGGAGUACGCCAGAGGGUGUGGCUUUAGUAUCAUGUACCUCUCAACCCACGACCAGCAGGUGUUUUAUGGCAAGCUUGGCUAUGACUUCUGUCCACCCGUCACUAUCUACGGAGGAGCUAUUAAUAAGCACCUCAUACCCAAGCAGUUCAUUGUGCCGCAGAUAACCAAAAGUGUUGAGACGUUGUCCCUGAAUGGCAGUGAGUCACAUGUUAAGGACAGUGCAUCAUCAUCAUCAUCGUCGAGUCCUGCGUCACCAAGUACUGCCCCUCCUCCACCCCCUGCUCCCAAAAAACUGACUAAGAAUCAUAUUACAAAAUUAGAUUCGUCUUCCAUGGAAAAAAUGUACAUGAAAAAGCAGUUAUAACAGUAGAAAGGUAGUUUAAGUGUGUGAAGCUGAAAUUUUAACAGAAGAAUGAGCCAUACGGAUGAAUCUUAUGGCUGAUUUGCGUUACAGGGAUGGUCAAUUAAUUUACCCCUUAUGGUUGUAAUAUGUCUAACAUGAAAGACUUAACUCUCUGCUCCCGAGUCGGAUGUUGAUAAGGGAAGGAAUCUUAAAACAUUGUGUGAGAGAUGUGAGUGGAUCUAAAUGUUUACCCAACUAGGUAGCGCCAUCAAUAAGCAAAUCCAAUGAUGGUUAGAAAAUCGUCAGAGAACACUAUGACAUAACAAAAUAUUAUCUAGAGUCCACAAGUAUA